ACAAUGACUUCGAAAAGACAAUACAUUGUGUAUCCUAAUAGGUCUUUACAAAGGGGAAACCAUGCUACCAACCUGAAUUCAAGAGGAAGAGUAAACUUUCCAUCAUCAAACUGCAACUCAGAGAAUAAUAUCACUGUUAGAAAACCAGAAAACCAUGAAGUAACUCGAAACUGGAUGCUCUUGAUGCAUAAAAAUGCAGCCAAAUUUUCUGAAGUAGAAAUUUCUAUUCCUCCUAGUCUACACACAUCCCUGACUGAUUCUAAAGAGUCUUUGAUUAGUUCUAUCAUGGCAGAAUGUGGCAAAGUCCACAUUCAUUUCCCAAGUACCAACUUGGGCCUUCAAAAAGUCCUUAUUAGAGGCCCUGAAGAAAGUGUUGAAAAGGUUAAGAAAAAACUUCUGCAACUUGCAGAAGAAGAGCAAGCAAAGAGUUACUCUGUGGCUGUCCCUGUAAAGUCAAAAUAUCACCAAUUUCUUAUGAGUAAAAAUGGUGGCAAUCUUCAUAAGGUCUGUGAGAAGACAGGGGCACGUAUCAUUUUCCCUACCUUUAAGAACAAGGAUCAAGAAUCAGUAACCAUCAUAGGGACAGAAAAGGCUGUUAAAGAUGUGCAAAAAGAGGUAGAGGUUUUACUGAAAGAUCUGGAGAACGUGGUGGAGGACAGCAUAAUGAUAAAUCCCAAAUUCCACAAUUACUUUGUCAUGCAAAGAGGACAGCUUUUAAGAGAAAUAAUUAAGGAAUACGGUGGUGUGUUUAUUACCUUUUCAUAUGCAGGAAAACAGAGUACAAAGGUCACAAUAAAAGGAGCAAAGGCUUGUGUUGAAGCAGCAAAGAAACGUAUUCAGGAGAUAUUUGAACAAUUGGGUUCACAAGUCACAACACGUGUUGUUCCUCCAAAAUUCCAUCCUUUUAUCAUGGGACCAAUAUGCUCUAGAAUUCAACAAAUUGCAAGAGAUUGUAAGGUUCAAGUCAAAUUUCCAGAAACAGAAAAACCAACGACAAACAUACAUUCACAGGUUCAGGAAACUGGGAAAGAAAAAGGAGGGAAGAACACUAAAGGGCCUGUAUCAACUGCUCCAAAAAAGAGUGACACCAUGUCUAUCUCGUGCAAAGCAGAAAAUUGCACGACGGCCACGCAAGCUGAGCAGUCUCUUGUUCCUGUCACUGCUGAAGUCCAAGUACCUUUUCAUCUACAUCCAUACAUCAUUGGGCACAAAGGAAGUGGGUUACGCAAGCUAAUAAAGGAAUUUGAAGUUCAUAUUCAGGUAUCACAACCAGGAGGAAAUUUUCAUAUUAUAUCUAUUAUGGGCCUUGAAGCAAAUGUAGAACAAGCCAAGAUGAAACUGCAAAAACAAGUAAAAGCUUUACAAAUGGAAAUAGAUGACCGGACAUUAAGAAAUUUCAGACAAACAUUCAGUUUAGAUCCCAAAUAUCAUUCCAAGAUCUUUGGUAAUAAAGGUAUACUUAUUUCCCAGAUUUGCACAGAAUAUGAUGUUACUGUUCAUUUUCCAAAGAAAGGAGUCAAUCCAAUACAAGAUCAAAUUACCAUUUCGGGUUCUAAAGACAACAUCCUAGGAGCUCGAGAUGCAAUAAUGACAAUGCUGCGUAAGAUUGAAAAAACCGUUUCCAAGGAAAUCCCGCUGAACCACCAGGUUUGUGCCAAUAUUGUUGGAUUUGGUGGAAAAUCCAUUCAUAAAAUCAUGGAACAAUUCCAUGUAGACAUUCGUGUACCUUCAAAGGGAACUUGUGCUAAUUCUAGCAUCAUUGUGAGUGGAUCAUCUUGUAAUGUACAAGAUGCAAUUAACUAUAUCUUGACUCUUGAGAAACAUUUCCUGUCUGUUGGAAAGUGUGAACCUCCGCUGGAGCAUAUUAAGCGUGGCCCUGGUCACAUAAGUGUAAAAACAUCUAAGAAUUUUGGGAAAAGAAAUGUUCUUCGUAAUGCAAAAUCUACGACACGUCCUCCACAUGUGAACAAUUCUGAUGAUUUUCCCAAACUGAAACAUCAAGUGUCUCCUAAGCCUCACCCUUGGAGACCAUAA